AUGAAGUAUUGUGGGUCAAUUCGAAUUAAUGAUAAUUUUUAUUUGCCAGCACUCCGAAGGAAUGAUUGGGAUAUUGGCGAAAUGAGGAAAGUUAUGUUCUUUAAAGGUCGAGUUUCCCUGAUUUAUCUCACAUCUGUUGACCAUCCUGAGUUUAAGGAACAUCUCAAGUUAAUUGAUAUUGAUGACCCGAUAUGUAUUGAUUUUGAAUGGAGAGUUUCAUAUUCUUCCAAAUUUCAAAAUCAUAUUUCGUUAUUUCAAUUUGCCACGGAUAAUUGUGCACUUCUUAUUAGGCAUUUGCCUCCCCAGCCAAGUGAAAUCCUGAAAGAGUUCUUAGAGACACACAGUUUCAUAGGAAAAAGCACAGGAAAUGAUAUGAGAAAGCUGAAAGACUUGUUUGGAACAGAUAUUAACGUUAAAAUAGAAGAUAUAGCAUCAAACAGAUUAUGUCCACAUGGAUUUUCUCGAAAUUUCCAUGAUAUGGUUGCAACAUUUGUUGGGCCACCCCUUUUUUCAAUUAAAGAUAAAACAGUGACAUUAUCAAAUUGGGAGCGGCCAAAAUUAGCUAUUAUCCAGGUCCUUUAUGCUGCUUUUGAUGUCAUUGCCUUAAGUUUUUCCCUUCCAAGACUUCCACCUGCUGCUGAACCAAAACAAAAAGUACUGAAAGGUAAUCGAGCAAUAUCUAAGUCGCAGAGAAAGAGGAUCUUCAAAAACCCCGGAGAAUGUGCUAAAGCUUUGUCUGAUAUAACAUUUCCAAAUAGUGUUUUGAUUCUAGAAAACAUUGAUUUCAAUGUUCCUGAUAUUACAACAGAAAAGGCAUUGAAACUAACAUUAGAAUUGUUUAACAUGGAUGAAUCCAUUCCUUCGACAAUGACAAUAGAGGUUGAUGAAGAUCUACCAUCAGAAUUGUUUGAAACUCAAAAUUGGGAAACUCAACAAGAAUCAUUUAGGCAAAAAGAAGAGCCUGAUCAAAAAUUCCUAUCAUCAAGUGAAGAUGAUUAUGAUUAUCUUGCUAAUAUCGGUGAUGAAUGA